UGGGCGGCCACCGAGAAAUGCGCUAAGAACCGUGCCACUUAUUGUUUCAACCGCGUACGAGGCACGUUUUCGACAAGGAACUUCGCCGACUUGUUUGCUGCCAAGUGAUGCGCUUGGCCAAUGAAUACAGCUAGGAUGCUAAGCGCUAGGGUUCCCCUGCCGCCGAAACUCUCCUGUAACACGGAGAGAUGCGGCCAGAUGUGAUCCUUGACGAAACAAAACAAACAUCGAACGUUUCCGAAUUCCGUCUUGUGAAUCCGAGAGGCUGGGAAUGGUGUCGUCCUAAUUACUAUACCCACCAAACCUCGACAGCUGCCAUAACAACUCGAAAUAUGAAGACGAGAGAGCCGCAAAUACCGGAGCCUCAAGAGCUGAAGUGUAAACCAUGCCGUAGCUCACCAUCUUUAGUGAUGGGAACACGAUUGGUAGGAUAAAAUCGAGAGGCCAGCAGUGUUGUUUUAUGUGUGUCAAGGCUCCAGAAUGUGGCGUUUAUUCCAUGCAUCUCACGAGUUCUCACAUCUAAAGCUGAAUAUCAUCCUUGAAUGUGCAUCAACGACACAGCCUUCUAACAUGUUGGACUCUAAGAUGUUUCGAAGCGAGAGCUUUGCCAUGAAGUAAAAGUACAAAUAGUGUAGAAUGACCUUUCAUUGUGUCCUAAAUAUUCUUCCUGGAGAUAUUCUUUGUGGAGCAGCCAGAACCAAUAUUAAAUUUCACAUCUUACAUCUCACAAUGUCGGACACUACCAACAGUUCGCCUAGCUUUCCUACGCUAUCUGAUAUUGGCGAUGCCCUUUCUGAUAUCACCACUGCUGAUUGGGAGUCAGCCAUCCAUCCUCCAACGCUAUCUGGUAUUGCAAAGGAGCUCUUGCUGGUUGAGGCUCACUACGCAACAGAAGAAGCUGGCCUUCGGAAACAAAUCGAAGAAUUGGAAUCAACAGUCCGGCGCCAGGCUAAAUCGAUGGCCCGUCAAGAUGUGAUAAUAAAGAUUCAAGAAGAAGAAAUGGAGUUACUAGAUGGAUUAAUAAAGUCGCGAAACAAAUCAAUCGACGAAAAAAACGAAACAAUAAAGAGGCAAGGCGAAUGUAUGAAAGUUUCUGAUUCUCGAAUUGCUACACUUCUCGGUCAAUGGGACACUCUUCAAUCCAAGGGAGAACAUCAAUCGCCCUAUCGGAACAAAAUCAUUUGUGUACCGAUCCCUCCAAAUUCGCUAUCACAUGAAGACUCUCCACUCUCUCACACACCUGGAACUGAUUCCCUUUCAACUCCAAAGGCGGCUGUUGCAAGCUUUUUAGCUAGCCCUGCUUCAACUCUAAUGCAGGUUAAUCCAUUUGCAACCCCUUCAGUUAGCCCUGCAUCAACUCCAGUGCAGAUUGAUGUAUUCUCCGACAAAAGAGCAAACUCCCCAGCGAAGUCUAUGUCAACUCUAGAGGCGGCCUUACACCCCUCCGUCAAACCUGUUGUGUCAACUCCAACAACAACUGCUAACACCCCCGCCAUACUUUUACCAACUCCAAAGACUACUUUACCUACGCCAGACAAACUCGUUCCACCUCCAACGCCAAAGCAAAACGGCGAAUCCAAGUUCUCAUUUGGCAAGCCAGCCCCAUUUUUCACAUUCGGCGACCCAAUUCCAGUUUCUCCAUCUAAAUUUGCUCGAGGUCUAAAGCCGCAUCACACUCAUACCCGCUCAAAAUCAGCAGAGCUACGGGCCUCUCCAGCCAUGUCCCCUUUCUCCUCUCGGAAACCCUUUGAGGAGUCUGAAGGCUGGAAGCCUGAGGAUUGGAAUAAAUACUUGCGCUUUGGGCCACCUACCGCAGAGAACGUCUUCUGAACUUGGUCUGGGUGGGCGCAUAGCUUUUGCCUGGUUCAAUGCUGGCAGGUCCAUUCGCUGGCGCUAUCUGCUAGCGUUGCUAUAGGCUAUAAUGUUUUUUUGCGUGUUGACGUCCGCGGUCGACUUGGCUGGCAUAAGCUCGAUCUCGGACUCAGUUUUGUCGUUCAAAAAGGGGGAUAAUAGGAUGGGGAUAAUCGGUUCAUCCAGAAGACUACUGACAAGGAUGUCAGACAUGGCGUAUAUGGGGCGGUGGGACGGUGGGGCAGCCAGACAUGGGGCCCGAUUCGAUCAUUUGAUCAAGGCUGCUGAAAGCGAAACGAAAAGCCCAGUGGCGUGAAAGCAUGCUCAAAUUUAAAGUGAUGUUAAUUGGCAGGAACAGCAUACAGAUAUAAAAAGUCCCCCAAAACAGAAUGUCCAAACCAC